AUGGCCCACAUCCACAACGCCAUCCUCCGCGGCUACAACUCCAUCUACCUCCAAGCGCCCCUCAUCUCGCACGAAGACAAAAAUGAUUUCAUUGGGUACUGCACCGCUUGGUUCAAGUUUGUGAAAAGCCACCAUGAUGACGAAGAAGCGGAGUUAUUUCCCAAAAUAGAAGAGGUAAUGGGGCGGAACGAUUUGUUCGCAGAGACGCACAAGGAGCACGAGUCAUUUCUUGCGGGACUGGCCAGGUUUAACGAGUAUCUGACUACGCUGGGCGAACCGUACGACUUCGAUGGGAAAGAACUGUUGAAGAUUAUGGAUUCCUUCCAAGGACCAUUCAACCACCAUUUCCACCACGAAAUAGAGACGAUCGCUUCCUUCUCAUUCCUUCCUGAAGCAAAGAAAGCGGAAGAGGCAGCUGCGAUAUUCAAAGCGUGGGGGAAGAAGACGGUGACGAAGGCGGGGACCACGGAUGUAGUUCCUUUUUUCUUGCUGAAUCUGGAUGUCACGUAUGAAGAGGGGAUGUGGACAAGUUGGCCGCCGAUGCCUGUACCGAUAAGGUGGGGACUGGUAAAUAUCGCUGGUGCGUAUCAUUGGGCUUGGUGGAAAUUUGCGAGCUGUGAUGCUAGUGGGAAACCGAGGGAGUUGUGGGCGCUGGCCCAACCACAGAGGCCUGAGAAUGGUGCGACGUCUUGA